AUCCAUUAGUAUUUCCGACUUGGUCUGUCGUUACGCUCUAAACUUAUAAACCACUUCUUCAUAAAUCUUCUUAAAAUAAAAUAAUAUAUUUAAGGAAAAUAAAAUUGUUUAGGCAAACCAUGAUAGGUAAAGGUAAAGACUUUUUGAGCAAAACCCUAGAUGAAUGCAAAAGUAAGUAUAUUGUCAUCCCGGAACACGAGAGACAAAGAUAUGGUAAGCACUUCGAGUCACUGAAAUCAAAAAUCUUUGGAAUAUUGAGAAAGGAGAAUGCACAACUGGACAGCCUCAUCGUUGAGUACAGUUUGGAAGGUAUGGUUGGGUAUGUUCCUGGUGGUCCUCGCCUCCUCAGGCGAAAAGUCCACGGGACCUUGGGUCGCAGAAAAUAUUACACACCACACAUCCCCAUCUCCUUUCCCACACAGUGAGUCAGUGCACGUUAUCAGUGCAAUGAAGUCGUAAAGAUACUUUUUUCGGUCACUGUUUGCACCGCACCAUGUAUGCGUUUCCCUCGCGUUUCCCCUCGCGUUUCCCCUCGCGUUUCCUUUGCGUUUUCCUCGAGUUCCCCGUUCCGCGCUCGUCGUGCGGCGUCGCGUUUCUCUGUCGUUACUCACCGCGAAGUUUUCAUUCCACAGGGAGUACGGGAGAUAAAUUAAAGGUGGCGAAGCCUAACGAGUUCGAUUUGGUAUUUAAGUUGCAAGUUCCGUACUACGAAAACAUCGUCGUGACGCGUGAUCCGCAAAUUCCGGGCAACGUAUUUCUCGAUAUGACGCGCGUGCUGGAACUUCUUAGGAACGAUCCCCGCGAGGAUUUCCAGAGCAUUCGGAAACUUCUUCAAAUUCAACUCGUGGAUGCGCAAAACUUUCUCGUCGUGGACAAACUCCGUUCGUGGCUUCAGAGCUUGUUCAGCCAAGCACUCAACCGGAUGGCAGAUCGCGUGGAGCUGGUUGACGGCGUCGUGUCCCAGCUUAAAUAUAGGACCUGUGGCCCGGCCCACACUAUCGUCGUGUAUGGGGAGUAUGAGUACUCUGUCGACUUCGUACCCGCCAUCCGUUUGGCGGCCAAACAGAACGUGUUGCUCAGGGAUCAGCUUAUGUACUUCGAACGCGCCAAAUUAUCCCACUGGGAAGCGAUUCCCAAACCUCUGAAAAUCCAAACCCAGACCAGCAGCAUCUCCUUUCGCUCCUCCUUUUACGCCGCAGAGAAGGCAAUGCUGCGGGGUAAGCACGAGAAUUGCCUGGAUGCAAUCAGGUUUAUGAAAAAAUUUCGUGAUGUGAAGACCAACUUAGGCAAUUUUAAGAGCUACUACAUUAAAACUUUAUUUCUUUGGAAGAUUAGGCAUGAACCAGAGUCGUACUGGAAUAAGCCGGUCUUAAUCAUUUUGACCGAUAUGUUCGACGAGCUGGAGGACCUCUUGAUGCGGGGAGUUCUUCCCUUUUUCUGGGAUCCCGAGCUGAACAUGCUCGACGUGUUUACCCCGCACCAAAUUUCGGAAAUGCUCCGGGGCAUCCGAAGGAUUCGAAGAGCGCUUAGAGGGGACGGCAUCCGCCGGAAGCAUAGUUUAAGGCUUAUCGUUCUACGGGGUUUUAGUCACAAAGAGGAAAGAAAUCUGAAGUGCAGCCAUAAGCGGAAACAAAAUAAUGUCAAGCGGAUAUAGGACAAAAUCAAGAGGGAAGACCACUUAGUUCCACCUGCCUUUAUAGCCUGUUCGUUUCUUAGGUCACUUAGAGUAACAAAAUCGGAAGUGCAUCUCUAAGCGGAAACGAAAGCGGCUGAGUUGGGACAAUUGCGCGAAGGAAGACCACGUAAAUUUCCCUUCGGGGGAUUUCCCCCAUAAAUGUCCUUGAGGGAAGGAGAUCUCGAGAAACCUAGAGCUAUCAGAGCCAGUUGGAAAUUCGUCAGAGGAUCUAGAAAUUGGAAGUGCAGCUCUAAGCGGAAACAAAAGCAGCUGAGUUAGGACAAUUGCACGGAGGAAAUUUCCCUUCGGGGGAUUUCCCCCAUAAAUCCCCUUGAGGGAAGGAGAUCUCGAGAAAAAUACCUAAGAGCUAUCAGAGCAAUUUUGAAAUUCGUCAGAGGAUCCAGAAAAAUAUAUGUGUGUAUAUUGAUAAUUUAA